UUACUUAAAACACUUUCUCUUACAGCCGAUGGGAAAUCGACCAUUGUGUACGUCGUGUCUGCGGACUGUUGGUGUAAUUUAUUUGCAUGGACAUCAUCAGUGUGGUCUAGCUGGUGGACAGUAAAACCCGACAUGGAUUCUCUUCUGGAGGCAAUCGAGAUACUAACAAAUGCAUCCAGACAUCAGGAGCACUUGAAUACGUUGAGAGACGAGGAGUCAAAUCCAAGCCCACCUUCUUCUGGUCACCCAAAUCUGUUUGACAGUUGUGUGGAGUUGAUAAAAGAGAUUGAGGAAGCCCCUGACCUGUCUCAAGACAACUGUGAUUCACCUUUUCAUGAUACAAGAACCACAGACAUACCAAAAGAGCAAGAAAAUCAUGUAGGUAAAAAUAAAAGGAGGUGCUCAAAAAAGGGGAUCCGUUCAGACGGGUCAGGCCAUCAUUGCUUCAAAUGUGAACAAAACUUCAGAACAUCAGUUCACUUGAAAAGACAUCAACCUGUUCAUUCAGGAAUCAGGUCUCAUGUUUGUCCUGAAUGUGACAAGCGUUUUUUCACAUCCUCUGAACUCAAAGUACAUCUGCGUAUUCACACGGGAGAAAAACCAUACCAGUGUUCUGAAUGUGGUAAACGUUUUGCCCAGUCAGGAUCCUUGUCCAAUCACCGGAGACUUCAUAAAAGCGAAAAACAACACAAAUGCUCUGAAUGUCAGAGGGGCUUUCAUAACUUUUUAGAUCUACAAGCACACAAAAGGGUUCACACUGGAGAGAGACCUUACGUCUGCACACAAUGCUGGAAGAGCUUUACUACAUCUGGAGCGUUGAAAGUUCAUGUACGCACUCACACUGGUGAAAAACCUUAUGAGUGCACAGAGUGUGGAAAGACGUUUUGCCAGCUGGGUGGACUCAAGGUUCACAGGCGCGUUCAUACCGGAGAAAGGCCUUACACAUGCUCUGUGUGUGAAAAGCGCUUUAAGGGACAUGCAAAUUUGAUUGCGCAUCAGCGCAUUCACACAGGAGAAAAGCCUCAUCGAUGUUCUGUGUGCAGAAAGACAUUCAGUGACAGUCGGAGACUUAAAGAGCAUGAGCCACCUCCAUCAGCAGAGAAACCGUUCCAUUGUAGCAAGUGUAUUGAAACUUUUAGUGCUUUCUGUCAACUUAAAGACCAUCAGCGGUGUCACAGGACAGAAAAGCACCAUUGCUGUCCUGAAUGCGGUAAGGCCUUCAUACAUUUAUAUUUGCUGAAAAAUCACCAGCGUGCUCACUCCGAUGAGAGACCUUAUUCUUGCAUCGUAUGCGGAAAGGGGUUUCGGCGGCCAUUUGACUUGAAAAUGCACCAGAAUAUCCACAAUGAAGCAAGACCUCAUUCUUGCUCUGAGUGUGGAAAGAGCUUCCGCAGGACUGCAGAGCUCAGGAUACAUCAGAGAGUACAUACGGGUGAAAAGCCUUAUUCUUGUGCCAUUUGUGGAACGGGCUUCAAACAGAUAUCACAAGUCAAAGUGCACGAGCGCAUUCACACUGGAGAAAGACCCUACGUCUGCUCGGAGUGUAAGAAGACUUUUAAAGACAAGAGAAGCCUCCUAACACAUCAGAGAGUGCAUCAUAAAUGAAUGCAGGAUUCAGUCAAAAAUGAAAAUUAUGUCAUCAUUUACUCAUUUAAAAGUUUUUUGGGUGAACUAUAUAUAUAUAUAUAUAUAUAUACUGUAUUAAAGGACCAGUGUGUUUUUAUGAGGAUAAAUUAACAGAAAUGCAAUAUAAUACAUAACUAUGUCUUCACUUUCGGAGGUGUAUAAAGACCUUACACAAUGAAUAACCUCACCACUAGAUGCCACUAAAAUCUCCACAUUGCUCCUUUAUUAAAUUAAUAUAUUGUGCUUAAUUAUUUAAGAUGAACAGGAUUUUGUAUCUUAUUUAUCAUAUCUAGUGUUGCUCAGCAAUGAAAACAACUUUCUGAUAUCAUAGGAAACGGUCUUUGGACUUUCAGGGUGUGUGUUUAAAUUCUAAUGCCAUCUUAUUAUAUAUUUGAACAAUUGAGACCUAAAAAUAUCUAAUAUUUUUGUUUUCUAUUGUAAUAUUCGAUUUUUGUCAUAAAUAACUUUUUCAGAAAUAGAUUCUGCUGCAUGCCAUUUAAUUUUAUAAAUGGUUUUGGUCUUUUGUAUAUAUUUAUAUACAGUAGCUAACAGUAGCAUCGUUGUGUUUUAUAGUUCAAGUUCAACCAAAAGAGGGCAGUGUGUACAUAAGAAUGCAUUGGCCAUCAGCAAUUUACAGUAAUUGUAUUUAUUUUAGUAUUAACCCAGGGAAAAUCAGACUCUGCACACUUACUCAAUAGAGGGCAUAUAAAUGAUAAAUUGUAUUUUUUUAACAAGAUUAAUGUAAUUUUAUAAACAGCUUUCUUUUUUCAUGUACUAUGUUGUCUGCAAUAGCCAUGAUAAUGCAAAUUUCUUUUAAAAAAAUGGGUCACACUUCAGAAUAGGGGGCAAUUCUCGCUAUUAACAAACCAUUAACUAAGACUUUUUCCCCAAUAAACUCUUAAUUUGUUGCUUAUUAGCUAGUAAGGCAGAAUAUGUGCUUUAUAAGUACUAAUAAACAGCCAAUAUGCCAAUAACAGGCAUGCUAAUAACAAAUAUUAAUAGUGAGAAUUGCCCCCUAUACCGAAGUGUUACCAAAAAAAUGUCCUAAUAAACAAGUCUUUGUGUGUACUGCACUUAAAACAGGCCUGCAUCAACAGAGCUAAAAUUACCAAACAUUAACACAUCAAAUGGAUGCAUAGCCUUUACUCUGUAUCCUCAUGACUCUCUUAUCAGCAUGAUCAGCCUUCUGUAUGCAUUUAUUGUCCAUAUAGUCUUCAACUGCUGCAGAUUUCCAGCAUUAUAAUAUGGGGUCCUCAACCUUGAUUUGAAUAUGGACAAAAUACCAUCAUGCAAAAGGCAACAAACCUCUAGAGAUUUAGAUGGCUGCUCUGUUCAAAGCACCUGCAUCAAGAACAAAGGUCUUUGUGUGAUAGAUUAGAUGCAUUGUUCAUUAUAUAUAAAUGUGAGUACUCCAGUCACAUGCUGUUGUAACUAUCACAUAUUGCAGAAGUGUACUAGUCAGACAAGAAGAUGAGAAAUAAAGCAUUCCAUUUAUAUUCAUAACAGAAAUAGGAAUUUAUUUUUUAUACGUGGGCUUUUCUCAAGAACUAUAAUAACAUUGGUGGAUUUCCCCAUUGCCUGUUUAAUAUCCUGUUUGAUUAUCCUUUUAAAUUUCAAUGCUUUAGAAUUAGAGCUACAUUUCUCUGUAUUGCACGGUCUUCAAUGUCAUUGGAUUUUCUCCAGAAUAGCUUUUAAAUUGUUGAAAUCAUACCACUCUUCACGUCCCUUAAACAAAAUGUUGCUAAUUGGGAGUUUACCGAGUAGUUUCCAUUGCACUCUUGCCAAAGCCUUUGAAUUGGAGGGCCCAUUAUCGUCUAUGGAAAUAAAUGAGAGUAUGACAAUUAGUUUUUAUCCUUGUAAGCUUGCCAAUUUAUAUAUUAGUUUGUCAUUUUACCCAAAUACAGUUUAACACAUCAGUCCUUUU